UGAUAAAAACACUCUCAAAACCACCACAUGUAUCCUGAAAAUCACAAAUAGAACCACAAGAUAUUGUUUCAAAAACACCUGCAAAACAAUCAUCUCUACAAUACCUAAGACAUGAUGUCUUCUAAAAGCACUCACAUUGUGGCAUUUAUUUUGUGGGCAUGCAUCUUUCAUUUUGGGCGGCAAACACAACAGCCCCACGAAUCAUGCGAGCCGAUUAGGAUUCCUUUAUGCAAAGACUUGCCAUAUAACAUGACUGUCAUGUCGAAUCUUUUGAACCAUCGUAAUCAAGAAGAUGCCGGACUAGAGGUGCAUCAGUUCUUUCCCCUUGUGAAAGUCCAGUGCAGCCAAUAUUUGAAAUUGUUCCUAUGCACAGUAUAUGCUCCAGUAUGCUCGGAAUUUGGAUACGCAAUUCCACCCUGUCGUUUCUUGUGUGAGGAAUCUAGAAAUGGAUGCGAGUCAUUAAUGAGAAGAUUCGGAUUUGAAUGGCCGGACAAUUUAAGUUGUGACCAGUUCCCAGACAAUGAUUGUAUAUCUUAAAUCAUAACUUUUCAUUCUCUUACUAGUUACUGUUGGAUGGCGAUUGUUUAAAAACUCUUUGUAUGUGUGUACCGUAUCAAUCCAGUAAAUCAAUAUCAAAAUCAAGUAAAAUACGCAUGUAAUCAAAUGACUUCAAACCUAUGAUAUUAAAUCUCUAUUGUGGGCCUCUCAGGAAGGAGGAAAUUGUAGCUUAAAGAAAAACAUCAUAUACAUCCAUUCUUUGUUUUAAUAUAUGUCUGUCCUGUUAUUAUAGUAUUUAUUUUUUCGUAUACGAACAUCCAUGUGUACCCAAAAAAAUUCGAAGCACAACAAUUUUAAUUAUUUUAGUACAAUUCAAGAUUACAUCUCAAUAAUAUAGAGAAUAUCUUCGGAGAAACAUGUUUUCACAAUUUUCCACCGCAAAUUAAUUAGUAACUAUUUUCUAAAGCUCUUAUUACAGAGCUCGCUCUGUUUCUGAUAUCGGUUUUUAAACUAUGUUUGUGUUUCUGCGGAAUGGAUGCCUUCGCUUCUGCGCCAUUAAGGUGAAUGAAUUUUUAAAAACAUAUUUCAAAAAAUUCAUAUCAUACGUACAUAAUUGGGGGUUGGAAGUUAUUGUCAAUAUUAGCCUUCAAAUUGUAUAAUCUCUAGAAAUAAAUCAAGCGUAUUAAGAUGAAAAAAUUAAUAACCAUUAGAGCUGUCAAUCUGCACUCUGUAUCGGUUUCUAUAUAUUUUAUUCAUUAUUUUCUAUCUAUUUAUAGUGAUACAUAAAAAAAGUUCUUUAGUGUUUUGUGAAUUCAAGACUAUGUUUGCGGAUUCACACAACUAUGUAUUCAAGUUGUAUUCAAAGCAUAUUCAAGUAGUCUUGAGGUGAUAAGGGGAGUUUAGUUCAAACAAUUGAAAACACCAGUUUGAAAACAUGUACUUUCAAAAUCGUUAUCCUCCUUAGAAAUGUUUCUAGUAAUUUUGUUUACUAUUGUAAAUUAAGACAGGGGAUACUUACUCCUUUUGUGUUGAUGUUGCUUUUUGUGUGGGUUUGCCCAUAUGAGUUACAUUGUAUUAUUGAAUGGCAUCCCACAAAUUCUUGCUUUAUGCCAAUACUCGCCAAAUAAAGUUUAAACUGGUUUUGCCUGUCUUUUUCUCUGUAUUAUAAAUAAAAGGAAAUGAAUAUUCUUUAACUUCGGAAAAAGAUGCUUAAAUUGUAUCGUCAUGGACUAUUUAUUAUUCAACUUUAUUUAUUCAUUGCUCUAUUAAAUUCAAUGAAAAAGUCGCGUCUGCAUCGCUAUUUUGUACAUUCAAUCUGAGUGUCGUUAAAAAACGUGUGCAAAUUUGUAUUUCACGACCUCUUUUCAAAGACAGAUCUUGAAUAAACCUAUACAUUUUUACAUACGUGUAUGACAACAGAUAAAAUGAUUUUAAAAAUAUCGUAAGACUGGAACAUAUUCUCGGGCGGGAGGAGGGAUGCAUCUAGACAUAGAAUUAGCCAGUCGAUAAGAACCUGUCACCUUGGAUAAGAAGGGAAAAUACAAAACCAAAAGGAAACAAUCAAAAUAUGAUUGAAAUAGAUUGAGAAAUAAAUCAUAUAACUAUGAAUAAAUAAAACAAUAAUGACUAACUACAGUAAUAAUCAACAGAUAUGCGAGUGGAUCUAACAUACCAUUUUAAUUAGAUUGUUGCAUUUGCCUCAAUUUUAAACCUAUAGAAAACUGCAUUCAUGUUUUGAGAGACAGAAGAUAUAAACACCUUUUGUCAUAUUUCAAUUGCCCCCGCCGAUUUUCACACCUUCUGUGCGAAUGUUAAUUUCAAAUACACUGAUUAACUGACCUCUAUUGUGGUAAAAAAAAAAAAAAAGAAGACCUUGGAAAUUGCGUAGAAUAUACAAGUUAUACACAGGUCAGUCUUUGCAUUAUGCAGAUAGUUCCGAUAAACAAUUUUGAUGAAAAUAUUUUUUAUUUAAAAAGAGAAACUUGAUCAUACAAAUGUAACAAGACAAAUAAAUUAUUCCUAUACAGGGGAUGCUUACUCCUCCUAAGCACCUGAUCCCACCUCUGGUGUGUCCAGGGGCCCGUGUUUCCCCAACUAUCUAUUUUGUAUUGUUUAUAGGAGUUAUGAGAUUGAUCACUGUUCGUUAUCUUCACUUUGCUAUAUACAAAUAUAAUAAAGAUAACGAGGGCAGAGAUAUACGUGUCUCUGCACUUCCUAAAAAAUACCAAGGGUGAGAAAAUGGUAUCGGAUUUCGCUCUGCCUAAAACUGUUUUCUUUCGAUUAUUUGCAGAUUUUUACUGUUGAAAGCCCGUCUUAGAGACAUUUUGAAAUAACUGGUCAAAUUCCCAACAAUGUUUACCUGUCCUACAGCCCAUGUCGAAAUGAUUUGCACGAUAUGCUGCUAUGGACGGUAUUGAUGUUGGUCGGCAUGACGGUUAUGACGUAUCAGAUCAUUGAUAGAAUCCUCUACUUCGCCAGCAACCCCAUCAGCGUUAACGUCAGAAUAAACCACAACCAAUCGUUAGCAUUCCCAGCUGUUACAAUCUGCAAUCAAAACGCCUUCAAGGCUAGUACUGCAGCCCAAAAGGGCUGGUAUCGCCUGAUAGAAACCAUGUACAAUGGGAGCUCCAAGUCCUUAUCACGUGAAGAUAUAAAAAGGUUCCAAAUUUCCAACCUCACAUUCAACCAGAUUUUCCAGGAAGCCUCGCACAGAAAAGAGGACCUCAUUGUAAGUUGCCGUUGGUCCGGACUCCCAUGCGGACCAGAAAAUUUCACCGAGCAGUUGACGGAUCAUGGCAACUGUUACCAAUUUGUGGCUCCCGAAAAUGCCCGAUCCACAGGUGCAGAAAAUGGGUUAAAUCUGCUUCUGAACGUAGAGCAAUACGAAUACAUGCCGGGACCGAAUGACGCGGCGGGUGUAAAAGUACUCACCCACCAGCAGAGUGACAUCCCACGCGUGCGUGAGCUAGGAAUCGCUGUUCCAACAGGGACACAAGCCUUCAUAGGACUUCAAGUUAUACUGGUACACAAUGUAGAAAUCCCCCACGGCCAGUGUCGAUUCAAAUCUCUGAAGUUCUUUCCCCAUUACUCGUACGACUCCUGUCUGACGGAGUGUUAUGCAGACAUGGCUGCCAAGAAGUGCGGAUGUCGGGAUUACUAUAUGCCUUAUGUGAAUGAUUUCCCUCCUCCUUGCAAUCUUGAGCAGUACUUCAGCUGUCUUAAACCGCUUCAUGAUGACUUUUCGGCCUGGAAGGAGAGCUGCGAUUGUCCCACCGCCUGUGAUUACACCGUGUACGACCCGGUUCUGUCUUACGCUGCCACUUCCGAGUACGCAGGUCAGAGGUUAAUGGACGACACAAACGUAACCACACUUAACACCAAGCUCAAACAAGCGCGGGAAAUCACACAUCGCAUGGAUGUGAGAAAACUAGCGCCAUUUAAAAAGAAGGUGGACGAUAUGAAUCGGACAUUCACGGACGUGAAACAAAUUAUAGAAGAGACGGUACAAAAACAGAUCAUGUAUCAAAUUGGGAACGUCACAGAUCAAUAUAAUCGUGUCGUUAAAGUAAUUAAGAAAAGAAUACUCCUAUUGAAGUAUCAAAUCUACAAUGUCCAGAAAAACUUCAUGAGAGGGCGCGAUGCUAUGGAGGAAAGAACCCUAUCACACGUAUGUAACAGUUUCCAUGAGUUUGUUUUUGCGUUCGAGACGAACUUACGAAACCUUGUCGCCGAGAACGACACCAAUGUCAGGAGAGUCUUCUACGUCAGUACGCUUAACAUGGUAGACGUAAAAACAGAAAAUGCCAAACGAGCACUCGCCAACUUCACGCUCUUAUAUAAUGCUUAUGUUACAGGAACGCCUAUUUUUAAUUACAAGUUCCAGAGAUUUUCCAGAAAGAAUAAUAAAUGGAUUGUGCCCAGACCACUACUGAACGAGUCAACAUACCACAACACAUAUGCAACAAAGUACAGUGGGAAACUGGACAGCGACAUACAGAAUAUUCUGGACACGCUCUCGUUCUAUCGGGAAAUGGCUACAGAGGUGUUUACAGACAAGAGUCUUAACAUCACAGAAAUGAACCGCGUCAGUGGGCGUUUCCUAAACUUCUGUGAGAUGUAUUACCACACAAAAAGUACUCUCUAUUACGAAACAGUGGACAGACCGGAGCGAAUUCUCCAACAAAGACUGGAGGCCACCAGGAGACAGGAAGCGGAUCUGAUCAGGAUUAAAUCCAGUAUGCUAAACACUCUAGAAACCCUACAGAACGCAUCCAUGGCCGUAACAGAUGGAGUUUUAAUAAGAGUAAAGGCCAUUCUUCGAAAGACGUUUGAGUAUUUCACUAGCAGUGAUCGUACAAAACUGUCCGUGAGCGAACUAUUUCACUCCCUCGAGUUCAUAUCUGACGUCAGCAAAAUACGAAAGUUUUUACAGGAGAUAACAUCACGUGGAGCCUUUUUAUUUGACACUUGGUUGUCAAUGGGAACCAGGGUGAGGCAAAUUUGGGAUGACAUAAUCAAGGAUCGUGAUCUAGAGGAAUAUUAUGUGUAUAAAAACUACACGAACUUUCUGAGGAACGCAUCGGAAGUGAAAAACGAAAUAGACAAAAACUUCGGGAAGAUUCGCUCCCAGAAUGAUCUGCGAUUCGUUGCUUGGAAUAAGGACGUUUUGCUGUUUGAGGCAAUAGACAACAUGCAAUCGGAAUUGCUAAAAUUCAAUGAAAGCGCAAUAUUUGAUGAAAACGUCUUAAAGAACAACUUCCUGGAGCUCAAGAUAUUUUACAGACAGCUGAGUUAUGAAGAUAUAACACAACAAGAGGCUUACGAUAUAUUUGCUCUGCUUUGUGACAUUGGAGGGUCUCUGGGCCUGUUCAUCGGAGCUAGUGUCGUGACGUUAUUUGAGCUAUUCGAUCUCUUUGGAACAUACUUUGCAGAUAGGAAAUUGAAGCGCACGAAGCAAUAAAUCCCAACAAAUGUUUAACUAUGUUUUUAUUUUUGUAUGAAAGAGGGAAAAUAAAGUUUUUCAAAACAA